AUGGCUUGUAGUGCGGAUGCUGAAUCUGAUACAUCACCGACUGUUACUGAAGUGUUGGGGAGAGUUUCCGACUUGCCUCCUGGGACAAAGAAAGUGUUUACUGUGAGAGAAAAACCGAUUUUGGUUAUCAACGACAAUGGGGCAUUCCACGCAAUCACCGGCAUCUGUUCACAUUACAAUUUCCCGUUGGAGAAUGGCGUCUAUUCAAAUGGUAGAAUCCGUUGUCCACUGCAUGGGGCGUGCUUCAAUGUGAAAACAGGUGAUUUAGAGGAUUAUCCAGCAUUCGACAGUCUCUUCGUGUACGACGUGGAAGAAAAAGACGGUGACCUCAUACUGAAUACUACUGAAAAGCAGUUGGAAAAGGCUCGAAGAACUCGAAAGUGUAGCUUCACAGCGACAAGCAAGGAUGAUCCCAUCAUAGUAGUUGGAGGAGGUAUAUAA